AUUCAUUCAUUCAUCUGUCCUUCCAAUCCCACAUACCUCUCUCUCACUUUCUCACUCUCUCUCUCCCAAUGAAGUACUACUAUUACCACCACUUGCUGAUCGGGUAAGGUUAGGUGUGUGAGACAAGAUCUCCAAUUUUCAGAUUACCCCAGAGUGUCUCUCACGUCUACCAGACACUGGAAACGGUUGAACCCAAGGAAGUGAAGAAAACUCUGGAUACAAUAUGAGAGCCAAUGAAAGGAUCCAGUUGCAGACUUCAAUUGCGCUUAUUCGCCUCCCAAAUUCUAUCCUGGACUCGGAAUCGCCCUGACCCAGGGACCUUUACUAGCGGCGCCGCUAGCGCUCAGCCUGUUUGGGCGAUGAACGGUUGAAAGCGGGCACUACUCCGGUUAGUAGACGCCAGCAGUGGAUUCUGGCCCAGAUGGAAAAAGCUAUUAUUAUUAUGAUUAUUUAUUAUUGCGGUGGUCUCGAUGGUACGAUUGUUACCUUUUCUCCUCUCCCCCGGUGCCACAUGGGGCUGGCGCUGUCUAAGUGUGUCGUCAAAAGCUCCAGCACCAAAACAAGGAGGGAAAAUAAAAAGAAACAUGGAACCCCCGGGGGUUCACUCGCGGUGGGCAAAAGGGAUCCAUUUCAUUUAAUGCUUUCUUAUUUUUUAUUUUUCUUUUUAUAUAGAUACUAUUAAGAAUAACUAUAUAGUCACCACAAUUGACGUUGAGGGCU